CUCGCACCUCCCGGAGGUAACGGCCAGCCGACGAGCGCGACGAGCCAAUCGCUGCUCGUACCACGACACACCCUUUAAAUGCUGGUUUCGCUUAUUUUUGUCAAAUUUUCGGCGAGAUAGUGACCAGUGAAAGACGCGUUUCUACGUUCGCUCCAUUGUCGGCGUCGGCUAACGAGAUUUUGAUGUUCGUCGGCCUAUAACCAAUUACACAUCACAGAACUAUGACGGAGCAGCAAAUGGAUUGUGCACUGGACCUGAUGCGUAGGCUGCCACCGCAGCAGAUUGAGAAAAACCUCAGCGACUUGAUCGACCUGGUACCCUCGCUGUGUGAAGAUCUAUUGUCCUCGGUGGACCAGCCGUUGAAGAUCGCCAAGGACAAGGAGUCUGGCAAGGACUACCUUUUGUGCGACUACAACAGGGACGGGGAUUCAUACAGGUCACCAUGGAGCAACACUUACGACCCGCCGCUAGAAGAUGGCUCGAUGCCCUCCGAGCGAUUGAGAAAACUGGAGAUAGACGCCAAUCAUGCCUUCGAUCAGUACCGGGAGCUGUACUUCGAAGGUGGGGUCUCUUCGGUGUACUUGUGGGACCUGGAUCACGGCUUCGCGGCGGUAAUUCUCAUCAAGAAGGCCGGCGACGGUUCCAAGAAGAUUAAGGGCUGCUGGGACUCGAUACAUGUGGUGGAGGUGCAGGAAAAAUCGACUGGUCGUACCGCGCACUACAAACUCACGUCAACGGCUAUGCUGUGGUUGCAAACCAACAAGCAUGGCUCUGGUACAAUGAACUUGGGCGGCAGUCUGACGCGUCAGGUGGAACAAGACGCUCAGAUUAGCGAAACGUCCCCUCAUAUCGCAAACAUCGGUAGAAUGGUAGAAGACAUGGAGAACAAAAUUCGCAACACACUGAACGAGAUUUACUUCGGCAAAACGAAGGAUAUCGUGAACGGACUGCGAUCGGUACAAUCUUUAGCCGAUCAGAAACAGCAAGCUAUGCUCAGACAGGAUCUUGCGGCGGCGCUACAGAGGCGAAACGCCAACAAUUGAUCUUGCGAACAGCAGGAGAGCUUCGAUUACGAUUGCGAAUAGAUUUCAUGAAUCCAUGGAAUUCUCUCUCUCUCUCGGAGAUUCUGGAUUUUUUGCGGCUAUCUUCGAGUUCUUCGCCGAAAAGUCUUGAAAUCUCCAUGGACUUUUGGGAAUAUUAUACGCUGCGAUCUGGACUUUUCAGGCCAGACCGUAUCCAUAGAACACGUGGAAUCCUCGGAAUCAUUGUGGUCAGUCUACACUAUCGAAAUGUGACACUACUUAUUAUUGCGCUUUGUUGCCAAGAGAUACGAAUCAUCAGAGACGCGUUGAUUAAACCUAAACAGUAUGAAAUACUUCGUUUAAUUUGGAAUGAAAUAGAGUUUAUUGUAAAUAUGUGGGAAAGGUGCAACGCGUUUUAGAACGAUAAAUUAGAUAAAAAAAAUGUAAAGUGCAAAAGUGAGUUAUAAUAUUAUAGUCUAACGUUUACUACGUAAAAAGACUUUGAGAAACACAUCUAGCAAUUAAUUAAUUUUCUCUUUUGAUUUGUAUUAAGUUUUAACAUACAGAAUACAGAAAAAUGAUAAUUAAAUACAUAAAUUUUCCGUAACAUCCGAUAAGUAUUAACAUUCGCUUAUACUGUUUAGGAUUAAAUUUAAGAGCGCGUAAUUGAGCGCUGAAAACGAAAAACAUGGUUUAUGCGAAGUUUGUGUAAAAGAAGAAUAGCGCAUCGCGAUUGUUGCAACAAGAAAUUUAUUUUCACCUUGUAAACGAGAACCUCCUGAAAGCUAUGCAACAAAAACCAUAUGUUCUCUUUCGUUUAUAUUAAUAUUGCUUAAAGACGAGGAAGCGACGCUAUUAAAAACUUUUGUAACGCUUACGUAUGAAAAAAACGAAUCCCGUUUUACAUAAUCUUAAAUUAAAUUUACAUCACAUGGCUAGUAUCCUGCGACGGAUAUGAAUAUAAAAAUGAUUUAUUUAUGUAAAAGUCCAGAAGGAGCGGUUGCAUUUUGCAUUUGUUAUAACAAUGAAUCCACAUAUAAUACGCAAAUAAAAGUUUUCAAAUUAAA